ACGCGCAGGAAUCUGACGCUGACAUCCAAACUUUGGCUGUAGGAGCGGCGGUGGAUGAGCGACGGCAGGGCGGACUCCACCGGUCGAUUUUAACCGGACAACGGACGCAGUUUUGACGGACAAUGUGAGCCCCGAUGAUGAGGAUUAUUCGCACACCACAGUCUCUCUCUGUCGGUGACUGAGUCCCACACACAGCCCCGCAGCGAGAAGCCCAAACUGCAGCUGCCGCGGACGGAGCUCUUGGUUGGAAGUGGAGCUUCGGGCUCGUUUAUUUCCCGCAACUCUGCGUUUUUACGAGCCUGUGAAAUGUUGCCCGGUGGAUUAUUGAAAGUAUCACUUGUUUUACCACAGUCGCUGGUUCACAGUUGUGUGCUUUAAUACUUGGGCACGGAGGGAGUGGACACCGCCCGGACCCGCUUCCAACAUUUAACCGGGGAUUUUUCCUGUGUGUGUGUGUGUGUGUGUGUGUGUGUGAGUGAGAGAGAGAGAGUCUGUGAAGACAGAACACCGGCGUCCGAGGCGCAGGAUUCCCGGGCAUCAUCACCAGGAUGUCGCUUGCUUUUAUCCGUUUAAUAGGCCCCAUGUACCUGCAGAGAUAAGCUGCUGCACCAUUACGCGGAUGCGUGGAUACCUGACGGGCUCAUCUCCACCUCCACGACUCUCUCUGUGUCUCUGCGUGUAGUUUCUUUUCUCUUUUUUUGGUGAAGGACAAAUAGUGAGCUGCGUGCGUGUGGAUUCCCACUGGAUCGUCACCGGGAUUAAAGCGGGUUCACCUCCUGCUGACACUUUUCUGUCUCUCUGAGGAAUUGUGCAUGAAGGAAACGGAACAUUAAUGGAUGACAGGGCUCGUUAACGCGCCUGUGCGUUUUUGGAGUAACGUGACUCGAGCUUUGGAAGCGGGUUUUUUGGACCCCCUGCCUCCAACCACCCACCUACCCACCCUCCCUCUUCACCUUCUUUCAGGAUCUAUAUGUCCACCUGAAAGCUUCCCGCCGGCUCCUGGAUUCCCGGGUCAUUCUUUCACUUUCUGACGGCUGUUCCGGUAAAAAAAAAUCUGCUCUCGCCGCUGUCCGGUCCAGAAAAUUACCAUCUUUCUCCGUCUCUCUCCUCUCGCCCUCUCAUCGUGUGUGGAUGAGGAAGGAUUUGCGCGAGUUGGGAGAAGCUGUGGUGCAUCAUCAUCGUCCUCAUCAUCACCUACUUUAACAAUCUGCGAAUUUGGAGAUAGAUGAAGGUCUCGGGAAGGAUUGACUUGGCAACCAGAUGACAGAGAAGGUAGGAGGGUGUCCUUGUUAGCUUGUCAUUCUCUUGUAACCCUGAGGCCACUGAUGUGACUGGAAUCUGAAUCCACCACUUGAAGCAGCAGCCGACUCUACCUGAGGACUUCCUGAUUCCCCAGAAACGGAGACAGGCCCGUCAGACGCUGACAGACGGCUGACUUAGCCUCUGAGCAACUGUUGGGGACUUUUUGGGGACGCACGUCUUCAGACGUCGGUUUUGUGCACGUGGACAUGGAUGAUGUGCUUCUCGCCCUGUGAAAAGAGGAUGGUGCCCUCUCCCUUUUAAAAAGAUCAAUCUGUUGCCACGCCACAACUGGACUUCACCCUGAUUGGCUCCCCUUCAUAAAGAAACACUCAGCCCCGCCCACAUCAGCAGGAGACCAUGGACAUCUGCCCUCUUCACCUCCUUCUUCUCCUCUUCAUCAUCCUUCUGUCCCGCCUCCCCCCCUGCCUCUCGUCCUCAAUGCUGUGCCCGAAGCGGUGCACCUGCCAGAACCUGCUGCCGUCCUACACGGUGCUGUGCGCUAAGACGGGCCUUCUCUUCGUCCCGCCCAACAUCGACCGCCAGACGGCCGAGCUCAGGCUCAUGGACAACUUCAUCACAACGCUGAGGCACCGCGACUUCGCCAACAUGACCAGCCUGAUCCACCUGACACUGAGCAGAAACACCAUCAGUCAGAUCCGGCCGUACGCCUUCGCUGACCUCCAGGACCUCCACGCACUCCACCUGGACGCUAACCGCCUCACCACCCUGGAUGACUCCCACUUCCAGGGCCUGGUGAACCUGCGGCACCUCAUCCUUGCCAACAACCAGCUGCACAGCAUAUCAGAAGGAGCCUUCCAGGAUUUCCUGGAGACCCUGGAGGACUUGGAUCUGAGCUACAACAACCUGGUAGACAUUCCCUGGGAGACCAUCGCUCUGCUGAUCAGCGUUAACACACUGAGUCUGGACCACAACCUGAUUGAGAGCGUCCCCGAGGGAAUCUUCUCUAACUUGCACAAACUGGCGAGACUGGACAUGACAUCAAACAAACUGAAAAAGAUCCCUCCCGACCCGCUGUUCCUGCGGAUCCCGGUCUACGCCAAGAUGAAAGGUUCUCCUCUCAUGGCGCUGGUGCUGAGUUUCGGCGGGAACCCUCUGCAUUGUAACUGCGAGCUGGUGUGGCUUCGCCGACUGACCAGGGAGGACGACCUGGAGACCUGCGCGUCGCCCAAAGACCUGGCUGGAAAAUACUUCUGGACCAUCAAAGAGGAGGAGUUUGUUUGUGAGCCUCCAAUGAUCACGCGCCACACCUCCAAGAUGUUUGUGAUGGAGGGUCAGGAGGUCAGCCUGCGGUGCAAGUCCAUUGGCGACCCCGAGCCGUCGACACACUGGGUCAGCCCUGACGGGAAGCUGAUCGGAAACACGUCCAGAACCAUUUGCUACGAGAACGGAUCACUGGACAUCCUGAAGGCAUCCGUGAAGGACUCUGGAACGUUCACUUGCAUAGCGUCUAAUGCUGCUGGGGAGGCCACCACUCCUGUUGAGUUGGUCGUCAACCCUUCGCCACACUAUGACCCCAAACUCGACCUAGAUCCGGGUCCUUCGGACAUCCCCACCUCCAUCAAGUCCAACGUCAGUGGAGGCCAGGCGCGGUCGGACCAGCAGAGGGUCAGCGUGUCGGACCUCACGUCCAGCACCGCCACCAUAAGAUGGCCGCCGCAGAACCACAUACCGGGGGUCCGCAUGUACCAGAUCCAGUACAACAGCUCCACAGACGAGAUUCUCAUAUACAGGAUGAUCCCAGCCAAUCACAAGUACUUCCUGCUGAGUGACCUCGCGUCAUCGCGGGACUACGAGCUGUGCGUUUUGGCCGUGUACGACGACGGGAUCACGGCGCUGACGGGCACCAAGCUGGUGGGCUGCGUGUCCUUCACCACAGAGACAGAAUAUGGACGCUGUCACUCCAUACGAGACCAGUUCCUGGGCGGUACAAUGAUCAUCAUCAUAGGCGGAAUCAUUGUGGCGUCUGUCCUCGUCUUCAUCUUCAUCCUGCUGAUGAAGUACAAGCUGCACAGUAACCACUACAAACAGAAAGCCGCUGCACGCCACGCCAACGUCUGCUCCCAGACCAAUGGAGGAGGAGGAGGAGGAGGAGGGGCCAACAUCCUCGCUCUGCCUCCGUCCUCCUCUGCAGUGCAAGGCGGAGGAACUAAUAAAAACUCCCAGCCUUCGUCAUCAGCGGACGGCGCGGGCGGGGCUUCUCUCCGUGGGACGACUGUAGUGGACUUAAACCCCACCCACGAAGAUGACGCCAUCUCCCAAUAACACAUGAGAAAACUGUCAAUCAAGCCCACAACCCGCCAACUGUUAAAGCCCACACCAAUACGCCACCUCCCUCCCCCCCUUUUUGUUUUUGAUUUUCUUUUACUGGUGCCUGGAGCCAAACUCCACCCGAUGCUGAGGAGCGGCUCCUGUCAUUGAUUUUCUUACAUUCAGCUUCACAGCAGUGGAGGGAGAAGAGGUGUCCAGACGGGAGGUAUGGUCACAUCUUGUGUCGUGCACUCGCUCCUGACGCGCUCUGCCCUUUGAUGCCACCUCACGCUGGAACCAGAGGGGAUGUGAUGUGAUGUGAUGUGAUGUGAAAACCCGGUAACAGCCAGAGGAUGGCAGACAGCUGACCUGUGUGACUUGUGAGCUGACCUGUAAGACGUGCAUCAGUCUCCACACCGCCAGGAUCAGACACGUCGGAUCCAGGUCAAGCUUUGUGUUGAGAACCCUGUGUAUGUUUGGUACGUUUCUGGGACUCCAAACCUUGGACCUGAGGAACACGGUCUGUAACCUCUUUGCUGAAGGAAGUAUGUGGUGAUCUCAAAAAGGUGACACAAGCGGACACAAAAUGCUGCUGUGGGAAUGAACUGAAUGGAUCACUAUGGAUUUGGGAAGUUCUUCGUGGGUGUUGUUUUUUUUUCACUGGUUGGUGGCACUGCUCUUCUCUUUCCAACAGCAUACAGUCAUAUGCCAAAGGAUUACUGCAGUAUUAUGACAGCAUUAUUGCAAUAUCGGGAGAAUAUAGAGACUUCCCAAAAGCACACCUCUCUGUUAUCUCUUAGCAGGUGAAGAGAUAACCCAUGUUGGGCCUUGGAUUGAAAAUAUGAGCACACUGUCAGCGUCAUGUCUCAAAGCAUCAGUAAUAACAAACUGUCAAAUUAAACGGUGAACUUCUGGCACUUUAAUUGUAUGUUUUCAUUCCACUUCUCUUCCCCUUCGUUCACUCUUUCUCUCUCACUCUUUCUAUCUCAUUUUCUCAUUGAAAAAAUGAAUAGUAUACUCUCCAGUAUUUCCAGUCUAACUCUUACGGCUGCAGAUGGCCUAGAUAAUGUUGAAAUAAUCAGUGUGUUUGCAUCCACAGUGGACUGGUUUUCUCUGUGUUGGAGUAUCAAAAAAAAAACUUGCUGUCCCGAGAAUGGAUCCUUGAGGAACUCCUGCAAGGAUUUGCUCGGAGCCAGUCAUAGAGCACACAAGUAUGAUUUGGAGGUGAAAAUUGUGAAUUCUGAUAUCCUUGUUUGACGCUGGAAAGCAAAUGUACACGUACAAAACACUGGCGAACUUCACCGUAAGUGACCCUACUGCUACAUGCUGGCACUCGAUUGUUAAAUGUAUUAAGCGGUUGUAAAAUAUGGCCAGCAGGACUUGUGCUGCCCCAUCCCCUCUCUCCCUCUUUGCUGUUUGACAGUGUCUGUGUUUGUAUGUGACACACACGUUACAGUCAUCAAUGGUUUGAUACCCAUGAUUUACUUUGAAUAUAAAGGAACAAAUGACAAGAAUAAGGAGAAACACAACAACCUGUGAACUGGGGAUUUUAUGCUUUCAUAGAUACAAUUAUGUGGAUUUAUAAAGAAAUAAAAAGGUAUUUUUCUUG